CCCUCUGUCUUCCUCCCUUCCUCCCUCCCUCCCUCACAACCUCGCUGCUGUGACCGCGCGUCUCUGGGAGCGCGCAAAAACGGGUCCGUUUCCUUCAGCUUCAGCAGCAGCAGCAGCGAGAGAAGCGCAUCAUCCUGCCGUGGAGCCGGGAGAGCGGAACACAGAGGAGCGCACACACAGGGAGAAGGGAGAAAGAGAGAAGGGAAGAGAGAAGGAAAGAGCGAGAAAAGAUGGACGGAGUGGGAUCGUUCGGAGCGGGCCGAACCGGCUCCACUAUCGACCCGAUCACCUUCGUCAAACAGCCGCAGACCAUCCUGAGAUUGCUGUCCUGGAUAUUUUCUCUGGUGGUCUUCGCCUCCAUUGUCAACGAGGGCUAUGUCAACAUGGGCAGCGAGCGGCUCCACUGCGUCUUCAACAAGAAUGCAGAUGCCUGUAACUACGGCGUGUUCGUGGGCCUCGUCGGCCUCCUGGCCUGCUCCUUCUUCUUCCUCCUGGACUACAAGUUCGCCUCCAUCAGCUCGGUCAAAGACAGGAAGAAGGCUGUGAUGCUCGAGAUCGGCUUCUCUGGUUUUUGGGCCUUCCUGUACUUCGUGAGCUUCUGUUUCCUGGCCAAUCAGUGGUCCCGGACCACGGCUGAUGAGCUGCCACUCAACCAGGGGGCAGAUGCAGCACGGGCAGCAAUAGCCUUUUCCUUCUUCUCCAUAAUUACCUGGGCUGGUCUAACAGUGCGUGCCGUCCAGAAGUAUUUGCUGGGCACAGACAUGAGCCUGUUCACCACAGAGCACAUGGAUGGUGGCGCACCCACACAGCCUUACCCCUCCAACUCACCAGGGGGCGGCAACACUGAGACCACAGAGACCUACCAGAGCCCACCAUUCACCGAGAACAACACAGCGCCCACAUACCAGGUUCCUAUUUACUGAAGAUAGAGCUGAUGGUGGAAAAUCAGGAUCCAGGAAAGGGUUGAGAGUUAAGUUAAAGAAACUUUCUUUCUGUGAUGUUGUACGUGCAGUCAUUUCUAUGUAGGUCUGAGCUGAGCAGUUUUCAAUAACUGAUAAAAAAAAAGAAAAGAAAAGAAAAGAAACAGGGGUUCUCCUUCUUUGUUUCCUCCUCUCGUUCCAAUGUCCUCCGUAACAUUCCAGCUGUGUCAGUUAGACCUGUGGCUUUGUUGAACAUGGCUUUUCCAGCUCUACAGCAGGAGCGGUAUAAUCAGAAGAGAGAGAGAGAGAGAGAGAGAGGAUGAAAACAUUUAGGACCUUCAUCCUACUCUUUUCUCUUACAUGAAAUAGAAGCAGUAACUACAGUCUGGUCGUUCCUCCUCCUGUUUUGUUUUGUUUUUUCCUUCAUUGCAGUGAAAAGUCAUCAUGUAGUUUUGAAUCUGCAUGUUUUCAAACUUAGAGACUGACCAAGUGCCAUACAGCACUGUGUAUUUCAGACAGUGACUCGAUUUAGUUUAGAUUUUCACAAAAACUGUAAAAUAUAUAUGCAUAUAUAGAUAUAUAUACAUAUAUAUGUAUAUAUAUAUCAUGACGUUCUGUAUGUGCUGUGGUUUAUUGAGGCGAGGCUCCAUCAGGCCCGGUGGUUCAUAAAGGCACUGUCUCAAAUGACUGACAGAUCUCAGGCAAUUAAAAUUAGUAUUUCUUCCAAAAGACGUGAGACAAAAUUCUGGAAAGAGCCCUGUUCUACAGUAAAAAUGACUAUUUUCCUCUUACUUUUUAUCAGUUGUUGACCAAACUGCUAUUCGUCUUUAACUGUCACAACCCUGACGUAAGAACUGAGUGUAAGAUUACAUUUUCAUUCUUCUAAAGCCAGUUUUUCUAUUUUGUAGAAAAGUCUGACAGUGUACGACAAAGCUUUAAUUCUUCCUUCUCGUCUAAACUAAAUCCGUUUAUUUUACACUAACUAUCAUCAGUCAUUAGUAUCACAGAGAGAGUCGCCCGUCCAUGACGCCGAUAACUGUCAUGUGAUCUUUGAGCCAGUGCCGUAUGUUGAUUGUCAUGUGCAUAAUACAGGAUGUGAGUGCUGAGAUGCUGAUUAAGAAGCUGCCAAACUGCCCUUUCGUUCUUAUUGUUGUCUUCUGAUUAACAUAUUACUACUACGGUGUUAAUAUCAGUGGGAUUGUGGGUGAUCACAAAGCACUAGGGUCUGGGGGGGGGCGACAGGUCAGGGCGCUGGAGAAAUUCAGUUCAGUCUUAAGGAAAGAAAAAAGAAAGACCAAAACAAAAUGACUAGCUCGCUAAGUCAUCGAUUCUGAAUCCUGCUGUUGACGGAGACGGGUCAGAAUUUGUUACCAUGGUGACAGGGAUGGGUGGGUGGAUGUGGAUCACUAAUGAUGUAGAUAGUAACCAUGACAACUGUGUCCGUGUGUAGCAGAGUCUCUGUGUCGUGGUUGACAUACACUUGCCAUCAGUGAACAUGUUCAGUGUGUGUGUGUGUGUGUGUGUGUGUGUGGACAUAUAACAAAUAUACAGUGGAUAUAAAAUGUCUGCACACCCCUGAAAAACUGCCAUAAAAUGAAACUUACAGUAAUUGGACACAAUUAGUAAUUAAAAUUUCUGGUCAUAAAAUUACUAUUCAAUGUGAAACAUCAUGCUUGUAAAAUAUGGGGUUUUUUAUACGAGUGCUUUAAUAUAUUAUAAUUCUGUAAAGACGGAAAACAUUAUGGACACGAGGAGUAUUUUAACAGGGGUGUGUGUGAACAUUUUAUAACCACAGUGUGUGUGUGUACAUGUAUGUAAGCGUGCAUGUGUACAGGCGUGUGCUGUCUGUAACUCCAUGACAGUUAUUUCAUCAAAUGUAUGUUUGCGUCGGUGCAGAGGAGAAAAAGUGUUUGUCUUAAUUAUAAAAUAAUUUCCACAAAAAACAUAUUGGUGUCACUAAGUUAUAAAACAGAAAAAAAAAAUCAAGUGUUUUUCAUCCCCAAAUAACAGUCAAUUGAUCAUCAGGUAAGAAGCUUUACCUGUUCUAAAACUAAUCCUCCUAGACAGUGCCCUCUGCUGAACAGAGGUGGUUCUGCAGCACGGGGACAGCUGCGGCUUUGUUUUUAUAAAGUAAUUAUGACGACGAUAUUAAUAUAAAUACAUAUAUAUAUAAAGUAUUAAUAGUAAUGCAUGGAGUUGUUGUAGAAGAAUCAUUAUGUAUUGAAUACUGUGUCAUUCUUAAGUUGAGUGAGACUGGGCAGCCAUUGUUGCAGCUGACAGUGUUCCAUGAAUCACAGCGUCAGACUUUAUACUUUAUACAGUGAUUUUUAGCUCAGCUUUAUUCUAACUUCAUUUGCAUAAUUUAUUUAUUUUUCUUCAUUUUCACCUCCUUAAAAAACUGAACAGAGUUCCAGACUCCAAUUUAAAUUAGAAAAAUUUAAAAAUUCCAGAUUUAGAUUUAGUAUUUAACUUCAGUAUAAUUUAGGAUUAAAAAUCUCUUCCAUUAAACAGAAUAGAGAUAUUAUAAUAUUUUGGUUCACAUGUCAAAAUAUAUUUUUGGAUUAAGUUUAUGUAAAAUUCCUAAUUGACCUAAAGUUGACCUAAACAGGGUGAUGUCGGGGGUGUUUGGCUCUGUGACCUUUAACUACUUCAUUAUUGCUCCUCACUUAGAAUUGAAUCAAUCAGGAAUUUAAAUGUUUGGCAGAAAUGGAAAGUAUGAAAUAAAAAAAAAAAAAAAAA